GAAACCGUAGAUACGUACGCUAUUGACAACUGCUGAUAGACCAGCAAUCCUCAGGUGGUCGCAGUCCGUAUGGUUUAUAGUUUUUGACCGCCUGGUGUUGGAGAUUACUGGCUGACAUAUUUUCUGGCUACGUCUGCAUAAACCAAGUCAUCAUGACAAGUACUACUGCUGUAUCGCUGACUGACAAUGGAUCUAGUGUGUAUGUGCCUUCAUUUUCCACAAAGAAGAAGCCAAGACUACCACCACCAAACAGACUGGACUCCACUCAGUUACCGUCCCAUAAAUUACGCCAUUCGGUAUGGCAUGAUUUGAGAGAAACUGACGUGAAGGGAAACGAACUGAACUGUCCACGGGUUAGGAAAGCACCAGAGAAAAAAGAACACAACUUGUACAGAGUGACAGAUGAAGACGGUAAUAAACUGCAUCAUUCCAAAGUUGGAAAGGAUAAAUUAGAUCACCGAAAUAAAACUGAAAACUGGGAAAACUGUACG